AUGUGUGGGAAGAAGCGCAAGACCCGAAGCUCUACUCACAGUGUCAGCACGACCGCGAGGACGUCUUCCGAAGCGGACUUCACUCCUGCUGAACAGGAAUGCUUGAGUCGCGCAUGGAUCAAGGUCGUCGAAGAGUCUACAGGCUAUGAUGAUGUUCAGCUGACCCGAGAGAUUGCCAAAGAUUUAAAUGAUGAAAUCGGUCGCUCGUUCUGGGAAUGGGUUCGAGAUGAAUACUCCGGUGCCGGAACAGAGGAGCGGGCACGAUCCGUCUAUGAACUCCACGCGCAGUGGCUCUCAAUUCUGCCGAGUCUGGUUGAGUUUCUCACGCUGUUUUGCGACCAGUGGGUGGGCUCCUGUUUGAGCAGUCAAGAAGCAGAAGCAUCUCAGGAAGAAGCCUUUUCGUCUGCGCGCAACGCGUUCCAAGAGGAACAUGGGCGCCCAUUUUCGCACGAAGUUACGGUAAGACUUCUCGUGAACCACGCAAAAUGGGGCACGCUCGUCAAGCCAUUGCUGGUACCAGACGAAGAUCUCUCCGAAGAAGUGGGUGCUGCUACGCCGAACAAGCUGAGUGCUUUGUCGCGUGAAGAACCAAAAGAUGAAGAAGCUGGAGCCGCCGCGAAUGACCCGCCACCUCGACGGGUGAGGCAGCGUCGAAGUGACACAGAGGCUGAUUCGACUGACGCCAGUCUAUCUCGACUGAAUGAAGCCGCCGAAGAGAAGAGACUGGAAGUGAUGGAGCGCCAACUCGAGGUGGAAAUCAUGACCUACAACGAGGACGGACUUUCAGCCGAGGCGGUCGAGUAUCUUCGUUUGCAACGCUCCCGGAUUUUGCGUAAAGUCCGACUGCAAGCCGGACAACAGGGACACUCGUAG